AUGGACCAACCCUCUACCCCCAAUUCUCAACCUUCAUGCUCUAGUACACUUUCCUCCCAACCCUUACCUAACCCCAAGGGUGGAAUCAAUGCCAUCACCUUGAGAUCUAACACUACAUUGCAAGAGAAGAGUUCCGAGGAGCCAAGCUCAAGAGAAGCCACUCAAGAUGAAGAGGUUGUUGAGGUAGAAGAUGUUGAAGACAAGGAUGAGGUACAAGAGAUGGUUGAUGAAGAAGUUGCCCAACCCAAGGAUGGAGUUUCUAAGGAAGAAAAUGUUUUAAAAGAUGACAUUCCAAUUCCUUUUCCAUACCAAGCUAGGAGGACUAAAAAGAAAGUGGAGCUAGAUCCCAAGAUGGUAGAUAUAUUCAAAAAGGUUGAGGUAACUAUUCCCCUUAUUGAUGCUAUUCGCCAAGUUCCAAAGUAUGCUAAGUUUCUAAAGGAUUUGUGCAUGAAUAAGGAGAAGAUUCAUGAUUUAGAAACUAUUCCUUUGGGUAGCUCAAUUUCUGCUUUGAUGGGUGCUAUACCGGAGAAAUAUGGUGAUCCUGGUCCUUGUCUAGUUACUUGCACUAUAGGUGGUAUACAAUUUGUUGAUUGCAUGUGUGACCUAGGAGCUUGUGUUAGCAUUAUGCUGUUAUCUAUUUCAGAUGCAUUGAAGCUUCCACCAUUGAAAAGGUCGGCAGCCCAUUUUGUUUUGGCGGAUAAAAGUAUAAUCUCAGUAGUUGGCAUUGCGGAAGAUGUCUUAGUGAGCAUUAAGGGGUUGAAUUUUCCAAUUGACUUAUAUAUUCUUGAGAUGCCCCAUAAUGACUUCGGAAAACCAUCAUCUAUCUUGCUAGGGAGGCCAUUCUUGAAAACCUCUUGGUUUAAAUUGGAUGCCUUUUCGGGUACCUACUCCUUUAAAUUGAUAGAAGAGCAGUGA